AUGGGUUUCCAAAGUUAUAAUGAGAAGUCACGACCACUGGUUUUGCAUUUAAUAGGACCAGAAGGAUGGAUGGCAUCAAUUGAAACUGGAUCCGGUUGUUAUACUGAAUGCCUGGCUAGUAUAUUAGAACAGUUGUGUCGAAAAUCUCCCUAUUCAAAAGCUAUACAACUUUUAAAUGUGGAAAAUUCAAAUAAAAGUGAAAUGCAAAGUUUCACUUGUCAAGUGGUUUCAAUUUUAAAAGGUAGAAUUAUUCCCUACGCUCUUCGAAGAUUUCUAUGGCCUUUAGCACUAUUCACAGUAGCUAAUUGGACUAAAUCAGAAUUUGAAAAUGGAAGUGAAAUUGUCUGGGAUGGAAUGAAAAUAAGGCAACUAGAGUCGUUAUCUCGUGAAAGUUUUGGAAUUAUGUUAGCAUCUGGAACUUCAAAACUACGAAUAACAACUCCAGUUUGUUCAACACUUGAUGGUGUUAUCAGUAAAACCGUGAAAGAAGCAAUUACAGAACUACGACCAAGAUUUCAUGACCAACAAAAACAAUUUAGCCGGUAUCAAGAACAAUCAGUGAAAAUUUUAAAUGUACUUUAUACAGCUAGACAAAUCUACGAUCCAUUAUACAUUUAUUGGCUUCUUCCUAUUCAUUUCGCACUGACAAAAGAUCAUAUCCACGCAUUAAUUAAACACUUUCCAAAAAUGCCACCAGAAGAACAUCCUAAUCCAACUGAUGAAGGUGUACAAAUCUAUUCCUAUGCAAUGUGCUUGAGUUUAUUCAUUGAAGUAAUCAAUAAGAAAUAUGGACCUUAUAACAACCCUUGUACUAUUAAUAAUAUGAUCGAGAAAGUCAUGGGAAAAUUGAAUCAUCUUGAUUUUGUUGAACAUAUGAAGAGUGUAAACCAAUGGUCCAGUUUAACAAACUCCAUUUCAAUGCUGACUGCAAACGACAAUGACAUAGAUCCUGAUCUUUUUGUCGGAUAUGUGAAUACUGUGGCUUUAUUAUUCUUUUGGGAUCAGUUAUUUCUUAAUACAUUCAAUUCUGAUGUCAUUAUUGAAUUCGCUCAAACCCUCUUGUUAUUACUUGGUUCAAAUAUUUUACAAAUGAAUAAUAAUGAUGAGAUAGAAAAUCUACUUAGAUUUGGACCAAACAAACUGCUUACUUUAGAUAUCAUUCGAACAUGGAAUAUGAUUCAUUUAAACAAAACUAUUGAUGAUAAAUAUUGUGAAUUAAAUAGAAUUACAGGAAGUCUGAUACCUAUGAAACAGUCGACUCAAAUAGAAGAAACGAUAAAGCCACACUUCUAUUUGCCUGAAUUUGUUAUUCAUGAUAUAGUUGUAACUACAGUCAUGAAAUCAAAAGAGGUUAUAUUUAGUAAUUCAUUUCGUAUACAACUGGAUUAUAUCGUUGAAGAUAAAGUGAAAACAAGCUUCUGGACUGAAACUAUACCGUCAGUUAUAUUUCAUGGAAGACUGUCAAAUAUAUAUGAGUCUUUAGAUCAAGCAUACUACUUUGUCACUGAUAAUGAUCGUAAUGGCACCAAUGGUAAUCGGAAAUACAAUGAUGCCACCUAUUACUCUUAUCCAAUAUUCAAUGAAGAAAAUUCUGAUUUAAGGAUUACAAUGCUUCAUUUCAAUCUGGAAAACCCUUUUACUUUUAUGGAACAAGAAAUACUAACGUUAGAACAUGAAAAUAAACCUUAUUCACCUAAACCCACAGAAAUCGGUCAUAUCCGUGUAACACUACAGCUUAAUAUCUCUAAUUCUGAAGAUUCAGAAAAUAAUGAUAACUGGAUUUCCUUCGGAUGGACACAAAUACAAUGUUUCACUGAUAAAGAAAACUCCAAAUCGGUUACAGAGACUGAUACAAAGAUUUAUCCAUAUAACUUAUGGGCAAGAGAAGUUAUAAAUCCAGUUGAACAAGGUUUAUGCCCAGAACCAUUACCUGAUCCUACAUGGACACUCACCUACCUUCUAAUACCAUUCAAUCACUUAUUUUAUUACUUUUUUCCAACUUCUCUACCGCAGACUGAUAAACAUGAGUCACCCCAACUUUUACAAGGAUCUCGAAUCUCUCUACGAAUUUAUAAUCCAAAGAUUGAGACAGUACCAAAAGCUAUUGAUAAACCUUUAAUCUACAUAACUAGACGAAUUCAAGUUGAAGAAGUGGCUCAUGAAACUUUAAUUGAUAUGACAAAGGGGGAAUAUCUUGAAGAGGAAACAACUGAAGAACAAGACGUCAGGGUUAUUAAAGAGAUAAGUCCACCGGCUACUCCACUUGACGAUCCAUGGGUCGCCUUCAAAAAACCUGCACCUUAUGAAAGACAAAUGAAGCCUUCAUCAACAUCUGAGACUUUUUGUAUUUAUAUAGAUCAACUACGCUUCAUGCCAGAUGAUUCGACUAUUUUUAAGGUUACCGGUAGGUUACUUAACACAAACUACGAUGAAGAAUUGAUUGAUAUUCUAAGUGUACCUGAAGAAAUCCCCAACAAUCAGGAAAACAGUAGAUCGCCGGUGUUUUCAUCAAAUCAACGUUUGAUAGUUAAUCUUGGAAAAAAUAAAAAUUUGGCGCGUAACUCUCUACUAUUUCUUAGAGUAUAUACUCUGACAUUGAGAGAUCUCAACUAUGUUGUUGUGGGUAAUGCUCUGUUAAAGAUUUUCAAUUCAGAUGGUUUGCUUAACAUUGGUGGACAUCAACUACGGCUAAGAUGUGAAGUACCAGCACCUGUUUCCAAAAAUGGUAACGAAUACAUUUAUGGAGAAAAAGCGUUGGAUAACAUACCCUACAUUCAUUGCGCAACAAUACUUGUUCGCCUUUUACCAUAUACAGAGGAACCGAUACCAGCACCAGAUUACAAACUAAGAUCAUACCAUUCAGAGGAAUCUACACCUACAGAAUUUGAAUGGAUUGUAUAUCGUCAAUUUCAAACUCAUGAGAAAAGGAAAAUAAGUAUACGUUCAAUAGUGAAGAUGCUAUUACGACGUGAAAAAGAGUUUGAAGCGUCUAAGGAUCAAGCUGACUUUUUAAAUCCUGAUUAUUUACAUCGUUAUACACUAAAACGACUCUCCGUGAGACGAAAUUUGACGGGAAUUAAUAUACCAAAUCAAAUGGCUUCAGUCUUCCCAUUUUUCUAUCGUAUUAAUGAAGGUUUCCUGUUGAGUUUGAAAAGUGCAAGGGGAUUAGUGGCAAACAGAGGUGACUUUAUUUUUGCCCUAGCUAAAGUCAUACGUGGUUCUGAGACUAAUUCACUACCUGUGAAUAAAUUCUAUGGUUAUGGAAAUGAUGAUGACUUGUUGUUCGUUAAAGUGAACACUAAAUCUUAUCUUGGUAAUCCAAUAUGGGAAGAUGAACCGAAGCCCACUAAACCAUACUAUGAUUCCAAUGCUUUACUAGUGAUACAAAUAUUUCGAGUCCCUCUCAUAUUCACAAUUGGUGGUUCAAUAAAUAUAAGUAAAACAGAUAAUUGGUUCACUGCACAAUUAACUUCCAAUUUGAAGAGUAAAAGACGAUUUUCGAAAUUACGAAAGACACACCUGAUUGGUUGGUCAUUUGUGCGUCUCUUCGAAUGGGGAUUUCUGCGUAAUGGAACUCAUGAACUAUGUGUACUGAAACCACCAAUUCGUUCACGUACAUUGAGUAAAAUCCAGAGUGAUGAUGGAAAAGCUGCGGCGAUAUGGAGGACUGAUAGUCUUUUAGAAAAUGCAGUUUUAACCAUUCACCUGCAAAAUGCACGUUUUCUUGAUUAUGUUGAAGAAAGGAAACCAGAACCACAGCCCAAUUAUUCUCAACUUCAAAGUGAUCAACUUGAGAAAAUAAACGAAUAUAAUGAAUCCGAUGAAAAAGUGAAACAGCUGAAUGAAAUAAAUUUAGAUUCAAUGGUCAGGCAUAGAGCUGAAAAGGAUGCCAGCUGGCUGGAGAAUAAUCAAGAUGGAACCGAAAAGCUUUUAACAGAGAUCCACGACCUUCUUAAAACACAAGUGGAAAACUGUUCAUCUAAACAGGAAUAUAUGCCGUUAUUUGUUACAAGGUUAUAA